AUGGGCCGCACCAAGGUGCUCAUAGUCACUGCUCUUUGCUUAUACUGUGGAAGGCUUUUCAAGACAAAAGAGGGGCUGGAGCUUCAUCAGCGAGCUCGGCAUUUUCGGUGUAGUACUCCCGGCUGUCCACGUCGUGGUCAGCGAUUCAAGUCAGUAAGUGCGUUGCAUGCACAUUGUCUCAAGAUACACCCAGAUAAGCCCCUACUAUAUGUCCCUAACGCAUACAGGGCAUGCAGCUCUCUUGGAAUUGCUCGGCUGCUUGAAUUUCUAGAAGGCACCGGGUCUUCAAGCAACGAGCUCUAUGCACAGAUUCUAGCGUUCCAUCGUAAGAAACUAGAAGCUCUUCAUCCACGACGCCGGAUCUGCUUUGCAUUCCCUACAGCUUAA